ACUAAAAUAAAGAUACUGUAGAUACUGUAAAGUGGAUGUAGUUAGCGCUCUCACACAAGAAAUCUAAAGAUUUUACAAUAUGUGAUCGCGUAGCCACUCUUAGGUUUUUCUUUAGUUUUAUGUAAAUAUAUUUACAUAUACAUAUUUUAAUUCGACUAUCAGCUAUUUUCAAGAAUGUCAAGGUUUUUUGCAGAAAGUGUAUAAUUUUGUUACUGUGUAAUUAAACCCUUAUAGAAAAUAAUGAUGAUAUUAAAUGGAUUACUAUCUACCACUGAUUAUUACAGAAGAAUACCUAGUAGAGGACUUUUCUAUUGGUUAACCGUAAUAUUCAAUAGAGUCGACAGAGACAGAAUUAAGGCAGUUGGUCCAGAUCGUGCAUGUGCCGAGUGGCUUUUAAGAAAUGGUGCUAGCGUUAGAUGGAAAGGCUUUACUGAACAUCUGAAGGAUUAUAACAAUUUACCAAAGGAAAACACUCGAUAUUAUAUUCAAGCUGUAGACGCUACUGAUUCUGGAAUAACUCAUAAAUUUUCAGCUGAUUGUAGAUAUAUCGAUGAGAUAAAACUUAUACGUUGUAAAUAUUUAUACAAUACUGCCCUACCACUACUAUCGGUUGUGAAGGAUAACUUGAUUACUCUUGAAAUCAGAGACUGCAAACCUAUAACUGAUCAAGGAGUGCGUAGUUUAAAAAUUUUGAAAAACUUGAAGACUUUAAAACUGAUUGAUUUACCAUAUUUGGAAAAUAAAAAUUCACUUAGAAAAGAACUCGCAGAAGCUCUGCCGAAUUGCGCGAUAGAAUUAAAAUAAGUUUAUAUAAAACAGUGUUCUAUAUUUCUCUCUAAAUAGUAUUUAGUAAAACAGAAAUGUAUAAAAUAUAUAAAAAAGUAAUAUCUAAAAU